UCUUCAACUGAAGGGAUGAAUAAAGGUGAACUAUCCAAGAAGCACAUCACCGUAGCUAUAAAAUGCACCAUUAAUAGAAAAGGUGGGCGUGGAAAACAAGCAUUCUUUGAAGAACUUGAAAUGCAUAGUCAUACUAGUUAUAAGCAUCCCAACAUUGUCUCUCUUAUCGGCUUUUGUUACGAAGUUGAUAAAAUGAUCCUUGUCUACGAGCAUGCUUCUAAGAGCAGCCUUGAUGACUAUUUGAAAAGCGUUGACGGCAUGAAGAAUUAUACAUGGACCCAGCGUUUACACAUGUGCCUUGAGAUUGCACGUGGACUCAAUCACCUUCACACCAGCCCACAAAGGAUAAUCCAUGGUGACAUAAAGAGUGCCACCAUUCUGCUAGGCAUGAACCACGAGGCAAAAAUUGCUUACUAUGGGAUCUCCAAGCACCGUACGAAUCAAGAGGUAGGCAUGGAAGUGUAUGCUGAUCCAGAAUAUGAAACUACAGAUUUUUAAAAGUUGCAUGUCAAUGUUUGGGGGAAGCUGCUAACCGUGCUACAAUGCAAAUGGUGAUCAAUGAGCUUGAGAUAGCACUGAACUUUCAUGUAAGUCAAUAUUUUCUUCAUUUUCUUGAUUACUUUUUUUAACUUUUAAGUAUUACGCUUUUAUGCUCUUACCUGCU